UCAAUCCAACAUGGCGAACCUUUGGUUUCAUUUUACUGCUUUGCUAUCUCAUCAUCUCCCCAACUUUAUGUCACACCAAUUUCACCAAAAAUGAUGAAUUGGCACUUCUUGCUCUCAAAAUUUCUGUGAGAGUCCCAUUCAAUCACUUGGCUAAUUGGUCUAACUCUUUCUCCAUUUGCAAUUGGGUUGGGGUUACUUGCGAUGCUAAAGGAAAUAUACCUCCAACUAUUUCUGGCUUAUCCUCACUUGAGCUGAUGUCUUUGUCAUCAAACUCCUUAAAAGGAGAUAUUCCAAAUGAAAUUGCCAAUCUUUCAAAUCUUAAAAUUAUGUCUUUGGCUCAAAAUCAACUCAUUGGCUACAUACCCAGAAGCAUUGGAAAUUUGGUUUUGCUUCAAGAAUUAGAUCUUGGUUUCAAUAAUUUACAAGGUGAUAUACCAAAUGGUAUUGGAAAAUUGGAUAUGCUUCAAGUGCUAGGUCUUGAACAUAAUAAUUUACAAGGAGGUAUUCCAAAUGAAUUGCCAAUCUUACAAGUCUGAAAAUUAUGUACUUGGGCUAUAAUCAACUCAUAGGCUACAUACCUACAAGCAUUGGAAGUUUGGUUUUGCUUCAGGAAUUAGAUCUUGGUUCCAAUAAUUUACAAAGUAUAAUUUUUAUUCAAAUUAUAAUUCACUAUAUAUUAUUUCUAUUUUCUUA